CAGCAAUAAUGUGGUCGAAUCAAAUUCACUGAUUAAAUUCACGUCAAAUUCGCUUGUAGCCGUGCUCGACGAUUAUUUCGAGAUUGAAUUGCUUCAAGACGCCAGACAUCGAACAUCCACGAAUCCAUAUCACCGCCCCCAGGAUUGAAGUAGAGCCGAAAAUGGGGGUCAAUCAAGAAUACGUCAACCUUGCAAAGACUCUUCCCCCACGAUUGACUCGUUUCUUUGCGCGAUAUCCGCCGCCGCUUCUCCGUCCCGCAAAUCCAGCAGCGUCAACGACGCCAGCAGCGUCAACGACCACAGAAUCGCAAGUCGAAUCUAUACCGAAUCCUUUCCAGGCACAAAAGCAUCCUGUUACCGGAAAAUGGCAUGAUCCUGCUUUUUCUCUUCGCCGUCAGGCAGAACUAGUCAAGCUUGCCAGAGAACAUGGCGUCGAAGAACUGCUCCCCUUCACCGUUAAAGGCACCGAAGUACGAUUGCGAAGACGGGAAGAGAAUGGUUUGCGUGUAAAGGGCACUGGUGUGGGCCAGAAGGUCAAGGGCAAACUGUGGGAACGGACACUCAAGAAUCGUCUGGAAGACAGGAGACAGGCCAUGCUCAAUAUGCCCAAACUCAUCCAACAAUGGAAGGAGCGUGGUCAUGGUCGUGGAUGGACCAAGUGGCCCAAAUAAACACCCAACCUGUUCUUUUCUCUGCUUCCAUAUCCUAUUUCGAUUCCAUUUACACUUUUCAUUUGUGCUCGCGGCCAGGAGAAAAGCAGCGGCAGAACUGGAUGUGCAUUGUAUUAUCUGACCACAUUCUUAUUCCCUUUUGUAUAUUAAUUUAUUUCGACAAGCAUAUACACCACAAUGAGCAAGGGUUUCUGAAAGGCGAAAUCGAAUUCUUUUUAAUUUCCGAACAAUCUUGCGCACGCAUACAGUCUAUUAUGCAUACAUCACCGCACAAUGUUAUUUACAGUGAUUUCUUCGGCCAUUCCAAGAUCAUGCCGAUCGUCCGCAGUAUAAAAUGCCCAGGAGAAGGAAGAUUGCCCCAACAAUUGACAGCCUAAUUAUGCAUCAACAAUAGACAAACAAAAUGCCAAGCUUACUUG